AUAUAAGCUUACACGUCGGUAGUUUUAUCAGCAGUAGCGGUUCUAGUCAGUUGGUUGCAACUACAACAAGGUGAAGUUCUCUUUCUCACGAUCAUUGUUAGCGAUUUACCUCGGAGUAACCUUCUUUCUUCCAACUGAGAAUUGACCAAGUAACCUUUUUUCAUCGGGUCUUCGGCGCUAAACGAUCACACUUGGCUCACGAUGACCGCCCUAGUUCUACUGGGUUUCGUUUCACUGGCUUCAUUUUUCGUCGACUCUUCUGCCAGAGAAUUGAAAAUGAUUCAGGUAAUGUUUCGACACGGUGAUCGGGCACCUACGACCGCCGUCAAGGAAAUUUACCCCCUGGAUCCUUACGCGAACGAAACCUGGUACCCGGAAGGCUGGGGCGGUCUGACAAACGUCGGAAAACGCCGGGCCUAUGAACUUGGCCUCUUUUUGAGAUCGAGGUACGGCGACUGGCUAGGGAAUGAAUACUUAAAUCAAACGAGCCAAUUUCGAAGCAGCAACGUCGACAGAGUGAUCAUGUCCGCUCAACUUUUGGCAGCGGGACUUUAUCCGCCGCACAAAAUUCAAAGGUGGGAUCCGAUGCUGAAUUGGCAGCCGAUACCGGUUCACCUUAUUUCAGACUCGAAAAAUAUUCUCUACAGCCUCAAAUUCGAGUGUUCAAAGUACGAAGCGAUGCGAAACGAGCUAGAAAACACGGACGAACAUUUGGUGCGACGGGCCGAAAAUUUGACCGAUUUUUUUCAAUUCUUGAGCAGACACGUCGGCACGAAGGUCGGACAGCAGGAAGCCAGCGAAAUUUACGAACAACUUUACGCGGAGAUGGGCGAACACGUCAAGCUGCCCGAAUGGACUGAGGAAAUAUUUCCAAAUGGCAAACUGAGGGACGUCGCCGGUUACGAUUACGUCAUUCAGUCUUACAACAAGUCGAUGAUCCAGCUGAACGGAGGUCAGUGGAUUCGCGAAUGGUUGAAAAACGUGGAUAACUAUUUGAACGGUUCGUCGCUGAGCGGAAAUCAAAUUGGAUUUUUUUACGGCGGACACGAAUACAACUUAGCUUCAAUUCUGGCUGCUCUGGGAGUCUUCAAACCGCACGUUCCGUACUACAGCAGCGCCGUGAUAUUCGAGCUUUCCAAAACCGAUGACGAAUAUUUCGUUAAGGUCCUCUACCGAAACAGGGGUAAUCUUAUGAAAAUCCAUCUUCCGGAUUGCCAGAGUUUUCAUUGCCCCCUGGAUACGUUUCGCGAAUUAUAUUCCGACGUGAUCCUCGAUGAUCCGUAUACCUAUUGUUAACAGGUGGAAAUUUUUCCCGGAUACAGAAAUUUGUCCAGUUUGAAUUUUUGUUACGUUUAGUAAACGUAAGAUUAGCAUUAUUGCAAAAACCUGAGGCGAAAAAAUACUUUGCCUUGAAUUUGCCUACUUUGCACAAGAUAUUUUAUGUAAAAAAACGGGACGUUUGAAAGUUUUUUUUUUUAUUUUAUCGUGAUGUACAGACAAAAGCACUUUCUAGUACUAGGACAUGCGAGUAUAAUUUUUAUACUCGGAAGGACUUUUUCUACUGCCGCAGAAACUAUUAAUUGACGUAGAAAACGCAGGAAAAAAUAUGUGUAAACGAUACUGGCAUUACAUAAGCAUGUACGUCAUUAGGUCGUUAAUUAGCUGGAAGAUAAAAUGGUCUCGUUAUCAGUUUCGUUAAAAAUACAUGCUGGUGAUAGAUUGCGCAUACACUUUGAGUUAUUUUUUUGACAUAUUUUCGACAGUUCUGGCAACAAGUUCUCGGAAUGAAUAAAAAAGUUUUUAAUACUUGUGAAAUCACAGCAUAUUAUUUAAAACGGCGAAGUAUAAGAUUGUGAUAGUAUUAAUAGGCGUAGAUCCGUGGAUUGUUUGCUAUUUGUAAUUUUAUACCGACGCUAAUAAUAUUCUAAUAAACAUAUAUGCAUCGUGUGAAAACGAUUUUCUAAACACAUUGCACAUAUGAUAUAAGUAUUCUGAUUUUACAUGCUCUAUCUUGACUGUACUAUUGUUAGUCAUCCCUCUCAGCUUCGAAAAGUUUGUUCAAAUGAUUUUAACUCGAAUGUAAUAUAGCUGGUAGUUGUUAGUGAACCAGUUAGUACUUGAAAUAAUAAACGAUAAAGAAAUUAA